UUGACUCAACGCAGAUGGCAUAGUCUCGUAGUCAAAGACAACAACUCAGUAUUACUCCGUCAAAUAUGAACUAUGCUACGAAUAUCUCAAUAAUAACUCAGUUUACGUGUUACGAAACAUGCAUUUACUGAACUUUGAGGUGUGAGUUUAACUUCAUUCUGGCUUGUAGCCAAUAGAAGAUGUUUUCUGGAGUCAAAUUUUUCGUCUUUGCUUUGGUCUCGACAGUUGCCUUAGCUGACGAGAAAGUGUACGAAAUAAACCGAACACCAAUUCAGAAGAGACGAGGAGAAUGCGUGACGCUAAAAGCACAUCAUUACUUUCCUAUCAAAAAGAACAAGACCUUCAAAUGGCAAAAGUAUGCUCAAGAGCUUCCAGGAGAAUUUAGCAACAUUGAAGUCAAGAAUGAUGAGAUUAUUAUUAAGAGGUUGAUGCCGUCUGAUUCGGCGCUUUACCAGGGAAGUAUUGAGACUGAAGGAGGGAAGGAAAUCACGCGGAAUUGGCUGACAAUCACAGAUUGUGAAAUCCACGAGAAAAGAACAGCAUUGACAGACAAAUGUACUGCUGCUUGCGAAGCUAAGUGCGAGAAAGGAUGGCACUAUUUCUACUCGUCAGGGAAAAAAGGUGAUACCUGCUUCAAGUACUUUUCUGUGCCCAAAACCUGGGAAGAUGCAAACAGCUUUUGUCAGUCCAACGGAGCGCACCUUGCAACCAUAAACAACGUCGAAGAAAACAAAUUUGUUGGAGAUCUCCUCGAGACUGGAGACGGAGGAUGGAUUGGCCUUAACGAUAAAUCCCAAGAAUCAAGCUACAUAUGGAACUACCAAAGGGAUCCUUUACCUUCAUUCUCUGCAUGGGACGAAAGUAACCCCAAAGACAAAGAACCAAACAAUAAUAACCGCGGCUGUAACGUGGAAAACUGUGUUGAAUUGAAGUAUACGACAAAGAAAUGGAACGAUGCUGUUUGUAAUGCUCUGUUUGGAUUUGUCUGUCAGUUGUAUUCCAAAAUAGGCAUUCCAGGCUGGAACUGCACCCGUGGCAAGUGCUACAAGUAUGACCCAUUACAGGUAGCUUGGGACGAAGCUCGUUUUCAUUGUAUGAACAUGAAUGCUACCCUUUUAACAAUAUCAAGCUUACAAGAAAACGACUAUGUGAUGAGUUUCAAGGAGAUAAAAAGAAGUAUAUGGACAGGGCUUAACGACAGGGCCGAAGCAGGUAUCUAUGUAUGGAAUGAUAUAGGAGUCGAUCAGUUUUCAAACAAGGCGACAUUCUUUAACUGGGAUACAGGAGAGCCCAACGAUAAGCUAUAUGACAGACUUCUGCCUCGAUGUACGGGAGAGGACUGUGUACAGAUCAAGAAAUGGAAUGGUUCUGUCACGUGGUCCGACCUUGGGUGUAGGACUGCCUUACCUUAUGUCUGCGAGAAACGAAAAAACAUGUUCAUAAGUUUUGCAGCUUGGAUAGCUAUUACAAUGGGAGCAGGUCUUGUCAUUGGUAUUGUUGCAGCUCGUGGAUACAUGGAGUACAAGGCUAAGAGAGGAAAGAAAAAGUUCAAAGCCCUUAUUUCUAAUGCUACCCAUCCUGUAGAAAGCUGAAAUAGAAUGGACUUUGGGACAGGUCCCUAAAUUUCAUUUGCUGAGGAUUUAGACUGAUAUUAUUCAGCCCCAUGGUUGAUAGUUAAAACAAAAACAUGCUUUCUUGUCUAAGUUUUAAUUCAGAACUUGUAAAUACAGUUAUUUUGUAAUAAAAAUGAUAAUUUUGCUUAA